GCAACUCCUCAACUCGGCGGCUGGCUGCCUGGACAUGUCCUGACAAACUUGGCUCUCCCGGCCCUCUCCCGGCCCUCGCUCGCUCUCCGGCAGCCUCCUUUCGGUGCUCAAGUUUACCCCUGUCGGGAGGACGCUCUGGAGAUGCGGCCACCUGGGUCCCAGCAGUGCGGGCGGAUCGCGCUCUGGUUGGGGAUAUGUUGAAGAUCCGGAGGUGGCAAAGUUGGCACUUAAAACACGGCUGCUAACAACAUCCCAACCGCGUGGGCUUCACCGGACUGCCAGGAGGACUGGAACGCGGAGCACCGAGAGGUUUCUGAGAUUUAAGCAAUGGGGAGACAUCUAGCCUUGCUUCUGCUUCUCCUCCUCCUCCUCCAACACUUUGGAGACAGCGAUGGAAGCCAAAGACUUGAACAGACUCCGUCUAUCCAGUUUACACAUUUCCAGUACAAUGUCACUGUGCACGAGAACUCUGCCGCCAAGACCUAUGUUGGGCAUCCUGUAAAGAUGGGUAUUUACAUUACAGAUCCAUUGUGGGAAUUAAGGUACAAAAUUGUCUCAGGAGACAAUGAAAACCUAUUCAAAGCUGAAGAGUACAUUCUUGGAGACUUUUGCUUUCUAAGAAUAAGGACCAAAGGAGGAAAUACCGCUAUUCUCAAUAGAGAAGUGAAAGACCAUUACACACUGAUAGUCAAAGCAGUUGAGAAAAACACUAAUGCUGAAGCACGGACAAAGGUCAGGGUGCAAGUGUUGGAUACAAAUGACUUGAGACCGUUAUUCUCACCCACCUCAUACAGUGUUUCCUUACCUGAAAACACAGCUAUAAGGACCAGUAUUGCAAAAGUCAGUGCCACAGAUGCAGACAUAGGAACUAACGGAGAAUUUUACUACAGUUUUAAAGACCGAACUGACAUGUUUGCUAUUCACCCAACCAGUGGUGCAGUAGUUUUAACUGGUAGACUUGAUUACAUGGAGACCCAGCUCUAUGAGCUAGAAAUCCUUGCAGUGGACCGUGGAAUGAAAUUGUAUGGUAGCAGCGGCAUCAGCAGCUUGGCCAAGCUAACGGUUCACGUGGAACAGGCCAAUGAAUGCGCUCCUGUGAUAACAGCAGUGACAUUGUCACCAUCAGAACUGGAUAGAGACCCAACAUAUGCAAUUGUGACCGUGGAUGACUGUGAUCAGGGUGCCAAUGGGGAAAUAGCUUCCCUGAGCAUUGUGGCAGGUGACCUUCUUCAACAGUUUAGAACAGUAAGGUCCUUUCCAGGGAGUAAAGAGUAUAAACUCAAAGCCAUUAGUAGUAUCGACUGGGAUAGUCAUCCUUUUGGCUAUAAUCUAACGCUACAGGCUAAAGAUAAGGGAACUCCUCCCCAGUUUUCUUCAGUAAAAGUAAUUCAUGUGACUUCUCCACAGUUCAGAGUUGGGCCAGUCAAGUUUGAAAAGGAUGUUUACAGGGCAGAAAUAAGUGAAUUUGCUCCUCCCAAUACACCUGUGGUCAUGAUAAAAGCCAUUCCCAGUUACUCCCAUUUGAGGUAUGUUUUUAAAAGUACACCUGGAAAAGCUAAAUUCAGUAUAAAUCCCAACACUGGGCUCAUUUCCAUUUUAGAACCAAUUAAAAGACAGCAGGUGUCUCAUUUUGAAUUUGAAGUAACUACGGGUGACCGAAAAGCCUCCACCAAAGUCUUGGUUAAAGUCUUAAGUGCAAAUAGCAAUCCCCCCGAGUUUACGCAGACAGCAUACAGAGCAUCUUUUGAUGAGAAUGCACUCAUUGGUACUACUGUGUUGAGAGUGAGUGCUGUGGACCCUGAUGAUGGUGAGAAUGGGUAUGUGACUUACAGUAUUGCAAAUGUAAAUCCUGUGCCAUUUGUGAUCAACCAUUUCACUGGUGCUGUGAGCACUUCAGAAAAUUUGGACUAUGAACUGAUGCCUCGAGUUUAUACUCUAAGGAUUCGUGCGUCAGACUGGGGCUUGCCGUACCGCCGAGAAGUUGAAGUCCUUGCGACAGUUACUCUCAAUAACUUGAAUGACAACACACCUUUGUUUGAGAAGAUAAACUGUGAAGGAACAGUUCCCAGAGAUCUAAGUGUGGGGGAGCAGAUAACUACCGUUUCUGCUAUUGAUGCGGAUGAACUUCAGUUGGUGCGGUAUCAGAUUGAAGCUGGAAAUGAAUUAGAUUUGUUUGACUUAAACCCCAGCUCUGGAGUUUUGUCAUUAAAGCAGUCACUAGUGGAUGGCUUAGGUGCAAAGGUGUCUUUUCACAGUCUGAGAAUUACAGCCACAGAUGGAGAGAAUUUUGCCGUACCUUUAUAUAUCAACAUAACUGUGGCCGCCAGUCGCAAGCCAGUAAACUUGCAAUGUGAAGAGACUGGGGUUGCCAAAAUGCUGGCAGAGAAACUCUUGCAGGCAAAUAAAUUACACAGUCAGGGGGAGGUCGAGGAUAUUUUCUUUGAUUCCCACUCUGUCAAUGCUCAUGCCCCACAGUUUAGAAAUACUCUUCCAGGAGGUAUCGAAGUAAAGGAAAACCAACCGGUGGGUUCCAAUGUAAUUUUUAUGAAUGCUACUGACCUUGACUCUGGCUUCAAUGGAAAACUUGUCUAUGCUAUAUCUGGAGGAAAUGAGGAUAGUUGCUUCAUUAUUGACAUGGAAACAGGAAUGCUAAAAAUUUUAUCUCCACUUGAUCGAGAAACAACAGACAAAUACACCCUGAAUAUGACUGUGUAUGACCUCGGUAUUCCACAGAAGGCAGCUUGGCGUCUUCUAGAUAUCGUCAUUCUGGAUGCCAAUGAUAAUCCACCUGAAUUUCUACAGGAGAGCUAUUUUGUUGAAGUGAGCGAAGACAAAGAAAUAAACAGUGAAAUCAUCCAGGUUGAAGCCACUGAUAAAGACCUAGGGUCCAAUGGACACGUGACAUACUCUAUUCUGACAGAUACAGAUAAGUUUUCCAUCGACAGCAUCACUGGGGUUGUUAAAGUUGUUCACCCUUUGGAUCGUGAAGUACAGCAUGUGCAUUACUUAAAGAUUGAAGCCAGGGAUCAAGCCAAGGAAGAACUCCAGUUGUUUUCUACUGUGCUUUUGAAAGUAUCACUAGAAGAUGUUAAUGACAACCCACCCAAGUUUAUUCCUCCUAACUACCGGGUGAAAGUUCGUGAAGAUCUGCCAGAAGGAACCAUAAUCAUGUGGUUAGAAGCCUAUGAUCCUGAUGUAGGUCAGUCUAGCCAAGUGAGAUACAGCCUUUUGGACCACGGAGAAGGAAACUUUGAUGUGGAUAAACUCAGUGGAGCAGUCAGGAUCGUACAGCAGUUGGACUUUGAAAGGAAGCAAGUGUAUAAUCUCACAGUGAGGGCCAAAGACAAAGGGAAGCCAGUUUCUCUAUCUUCCACAUGUUAUGUGGAAGUUGAGGUGGUUGAUGUGAACGAGAACUUACAUACACCCGUGUUUUCCAGCUUUGUGGAAAAGGGUAUAGUGAAAGAAGAUGUCCCUAUUGGUUCAUCAGUAAUGACAGUGUCAGCUCGUGACGAAGACACAGGAAGAGAUGGGGAGAUCCGAUAUUCUAUUAGAGAUGGUUCUGGUGUUGGUGUUUUCAAGAUAGAUGAAGAAACAGGUGUCAUAGAAACCUCGGAUCGACUGGACCGCGAGUCGACGUCCCAUUAUUGGCUGACAGUCUAUGCAACCGAUCAGGGUGUUGUGCCUCUUUCAUCGUUUAUAGAAAUCUACAUAGAGGUUGAAGAUGUCAAUGACAAUGCACCACAGACUUCAGAGCCUGUUUAUUACCCAGAAAUAAUGGAAAAUUCUCCAAAGGAUGUGUCUGUAGUCCAGAUUGAAGCGUUUGAUCCUGACUCGAGCUCUAAUGACAAGCUGAUGUACAAAAUUACAAGUGGAAAUCCACAAGGAUUCUUCUCCAUACAUCCUAAAACAGGUCUUAUCACAACUACAUCAAGGAGACUAGAUAGAGAGCAGCAAGAUGAACACAUACUAGAAGUCACUGUGACAGACAAUGGUACUCCUCCCAAAUCAACCAUUGCAAGAGUAAUUGUGAAAAUCCUCGAUGAAAAUGACAACAAACCCCAGUUCUUGCAGAAGUUCUACAAAAUUAGAUUGCCAGAGCGGGAAAAACCAGAAAGAGAAAGAAACGCCAAACGAGAGCCUCUAUAUCGUGUGAUAGCAACAGAUAAAGAUGAAGGUCCCAAUGCAGAAAUCUCCUACAGCAUUGAAGAGGGAAAUGAGCAUGGCAGGUUUUUUAUUGAACCGAAAACUGGAGUAGUUUCAUCCAAGAAGUUCUCUGCAGCUGGAGAAUAUGAUAUUCUUUCAAUCAAGGCAGUUGAUAAUGGUCGCCCUCAAAAGUCGUCAACCACUAGACUGCAUAUUGAGUGGAUCUCCAAGCCCAAACCGCCCCCAGAGCCAAUUUCAUUUGAAGAAUCAGUUUUUACCUUUACUGUAAUGGAAAGCGAUCCCGUGGCUCACAUGAUUGGAGUAAUAUCUGUUGAGCCUCCUGGCACACCUCUUUGGUUUGACAUCACUGGAGAUACACUUGCUAGAGAAGUUUUUUACGUCUUUCAGAUGACUUGUGACCUGAACUGUACAGCAGAAGGUGGCAACUUUGACAGUCACUUUGAUGUAGACAAAGGCACUGGAACCAUCAUCGUUGCCAAACCUCUCGAUGCAGAACAAAAAUCAAACUACAACCUCACAGUCGAGGCUACGGAUGGAACCACCACUAUCCUUACUCAAGUCCUUAUCAAAGUAAUAGAUACAAAUGACCACCGUCCUCAGUUUUCUACUUCAAAAUACGAAGUCGUUAUUCCUGAAGAUACAGCGCCAGAAACAGAAAUUUUGCAAAUCAGGGCUGUGGAUAAGGACGAGAAAAACAAGCUAAUCUAUACCCUGCAGAGUAGUAUAGACCCACUGAGUCUCAAGAAAUUUCGUCUGGAUCCUGCCACUGGCUCCCUUUCUACUUGUGAGAAACUGGAUCAUGAAGCUGUUCACCAGCACAUUCUUACGGUCAUGGUGCGGGAUCAGGAUGUUCCUGUAAAACGCAACUUUGCAAGGAUUAUUGUUAAUGUCAGUGACACGAAUGACCAUGCCCCGUGGUUCACCAGUUCCUCUUACGAAGGGCGGGUUUAUGAAUCAGCAGCUGUUGGCUCAGUUGUGUUGCAGGUUACAGCUCUGGACAAAGACAAGGGGAAAAAUGCUGAAGUGGUAUACUCAAUUGAAUCAGGAAACAUUGGAAAUUCUUUCACAAUUGAUCCCAUCUUGGGCUCUAUAAAAACUGCCAAAGAAUUGGAUCGAAGUCAUCAAGAGGAAUAUGAUUUAAUGGUAAAAGCUGCAGAUAAAGGCAAUCCACCGAUGAGUGAAAUGACUUCUGUACAUAUCUUUGUCACAAUUGCUGACAAUGCCUCUCCUAAGUUUACUUCAAGAGAAUACUCCAUUGAAAUCAGUGAAACCAUCAGCAUUGGGAGUUUUGUUGGCAUAGUUACAGCCUAUAGUCAGUCGUCAGUUGUGUAUGAAAUAAAAGAUGGGAACAUAGGGGAUGCUUUUGAUAUUAAUCCACAUUCUGGAACUGUCAUCACUCAGAAAGCCCUGGAUUUUGAAACUCUGCCCAUUUAUACAUUGAUAAUACAAGGAACCAACAUGGCCGGUCUGUCCACUAAUACCACUAUGCUAGUACAUCUACAGGAUGAGAAUGACAAUGUACCAGUUUUUAUGCAGGCGGAAUAUUCAGGACUCAUUAGUGAAUCAGCUUCAAUUAAUAGCGUGGUCCUGACAGACAGGAAUGUCCCUCUAGUGAUUCGGGCAACUGAUGCUGAUAAAGAAUCAAAUGCUUUGCUUGUUUAUCACAUUGUGGAACCAUCUGUGCACAAAUACUUUGCUAUUGAUUCUAGCACUGGUGCUAUUCAUACAGUACUGAGUUUGGACUAUGAAGAAACAAGUGUUUUUCACUUCACUGUCCAGGUACACGACAUGGGGACACCACGUUUAUUUGCUGAAUAUGCAGCUAAUGUGACUAUACAUGUAAUUGACAUUAAUGAUUGCCCUCCUGUGUUCUCCAAAUCAUUGUAUGAAGCAUCUCUUUUGUUGCCAACAUACAAAGGAGUGAAAGUUAUCACAGUAAAUGCUACAGAUGCUGAUUCCAGUGCAUUUUCACAGUUGAUGUACUCCAUCACCGAAGGUAACAUCGGGGAGAAGUUCUUUAUGGACUACAAGACUGGCACUAUAACCAUACAAAACACCACUCAGUUAAGAAGCCGCUAUGAGUUAACCAUUCGAGCUUCUGAUGGCAGAUUUGCCAGCUUCACUUCUGUGAAAAUUAAUGUGAAAGAAAGCAAAGAGAGUCAACUGAAAUUCACCCAGGAUUUUUACUCUGCAGUGGUAAAAGAGAACUCUACCGAAGCUACAACAUUAGCUGUCAUUACUGCUGUUGGGAAUCCCAUCAACGAGCCUUUAUUUUAUCACAUCCUCAACCCAGAUCGCAGGUUUAAAAUCAGCCGCACGUCAGGAGUGCUGUCAACCACUGGUGUCCCAUUUGAUCGAGAGCAGCAGGAGGCAUUUGACGUGGUGGUAGAAGUGACGGGAGAGCAUAAGCCUUCAGCAGUGGCCCAUGUGGUUGUGAAAGUAACUGUGGAAGACCAGAAUGAUAAUGCGCCAGUGUUCAUCAACCUUCCCUACUAUGCUGUUGUUAAGGUGGAUACCGAGGUGGGCCAUGUCAUUCGCUACGUUACUGCUGUAGACAGAGAUAGUGGCAGAAACGGGGAAGUACACUACUACCUUAAGGAGCAUCACGACCACUUCCAAAUUGGACCCGCAGGUGAAAUUUCACUGAAAAAGCAAUUUGAACUGGACACUUUAAAUAAAGAAUAUCUUGUUACAGUGGUUGCAAAAGAUGGAGGAAACCCAGCUUUUUCAGCUGAAGUCAUAGUUCCAAUUACUGUUAUGAAUAAAGCCAUGCCGGUGUUUGAAAAACCUUUCUACAGUGCAGAGAUUCCAGAGAAUAUCCAGGUGCACAGCCCAGUUGUUCACAUACAAGCCAACAGUCCAGAAGGAUUGAAAGUGUUCUAUAGCAUCACAGACGGAGACCCUUUCAGCCAGUUUACUAUUAACUUUAAUACUGGAGUUAUAAAUGUCAUAGCUCCUCUGGAUUUUGAGUCCCAUCCAGCAUAUAAAUUGAGCAUACGAGCAACUGACUCUUUGACUGGUGCUCAUGCUGAAGUAUUUGUUGAUAUAAUAGUGGAAGACAUCAAUGAUAACCCUCCUGUGUUUGUACAGCAGUCUUACAGUGCAACCCUGUCUGAGGCAUCUGUAAUUGGAACAUCUGUGGUUCAAGUUAGAGCAACAGAUUCUGAUUCAGAACCAAAUAGAGGAAUUUCAUACCAGAUGUUUGGAAACCAUAGCAAGAGUCAUGAUCAUUUUCACAUAGAUAGCACCACUGGUCUCAUUUCACUGCUUAGAACCUUGGAUUAUGAACAAUUCCAGCAACACAAGAUUUUUGUCAGAGCUAUUGAUGGUGGCAUGCCCCCACUUAGCAGUGAUGUGAUUGUCACAGUAGAUGUCACUGACCUCAAUGAUAAUCCACCACUCUUUGACCAGCAAAUUUAUGAAGCUAAAAUUAGCGAGCAUGCGAUUCAUGGGCAUUUUGUGACGUGUGUAAAAGCCUAUGAUGCAGACAGUUCCGAUAUUGACAGGCUGGAAUAUUCCAUUCUGUCUGGCAAUGAUCAUAAAAAUUUUGUCAUUGACAGUGAAACAGGAAUUAUCACACUCUCCAAUCUGCGCCGGCACACCUUGAAGCCAUUUUACAGUCUUAACAUUUCGGUUUCUGAUGGAGUUUUUAGAAGUUCAGCUCAGGUUCAUGUGGUUGUAAUUGGAGGCAAUUUGCACAGUCCUGUUUUCCCUCAGAAUGAGUAUGAAGUGGAACUAGCUGAAAAUGCUCCUGUACACACCCUGGUGAUUGAGGUUAAGGCAACUGACAGAGAUUCUGGUAUUUAUGGUCACAUUACUUACAAUAUUGUAAAUGACUUUGCCAAAGACAGAUUUUACCCAAAUGAGAGGGGACAAAUAUUUACUUUGGAAAAACUUGACCGAGAGACCCCUGCAGAGAAAGUAAUCUCAAUUCGCUUAAUGGCUAAGGAUGCUGGAGGAAAGGUUGCUUUCUGCACCAUUAAUGUCAUCCUUACGGAUGACAAUGAUAAUGCUCCACAGUUCCGAGCAACCAAGUAUGAAGUGAACAUCGGAUCCAAUGCUGCCAAAGGAACAUCAGUUAUUAAAGUCUUUGCAAGCGAUGCUGAUGAGGGGUCCAAUGCCGAUGUCAUUUAUGCCAUUGAAGCAGAUUCCGAAAGUGUUAAGGAGAAUUUGGAAAUUAAUAAACUGACUGGGGUAAUUACUACAAAGGAAAGCUUAAUUGGCUUGGAAAAUGAGUUUUUCACUUUCUUUGUUAGAGCUGUAGAUAAUGGGUCUCCACCAAAAGAAUCUGUUGUUCCUGUCUAUGUUAAAAUACUUCCACCAGAGAGACAUCUUCCAAAAUUCUCAGAGCCAUUUUAUACAUAUACAGUUUCAGAAGACAUGCCUAUUGGAACAGAGAUAGAUCUCAUCAGAGCAGAACAUAGUGGGACUGUUCUUUACAGUCUGACCAAAGGGAAUACUCCUGAAAGUAAUAGAGAUGAGUUCUUUGUUAUCGACAGGCAGAGUGGAAGACUAAAGCUAGAGAAGAGUCUCGAUCAUGAGACAACUAAGUGGUACCAGUUUUCCAUCCUUGCUAGGUGCACUCAGGAUGACUAUGAGGUGGUGGCUUCUGUAGAUGUUAGUAUCCAAGUGAAAGAUGCAAAUGAUAACAGCCCUGUCUUGGAAUCCAAUCCAUAUGAGGCAUUUAUUGUUGAAAACCUUCCAGGGGGAAGUAGAGUCAUCCAAAUCAGGGCAUCUGACCUCGAUUCAGGACUGAAUGGCCAUGUGAUGUAUAGUUUAGAUCAGUCACAAAGUGUAGACAUCAUCGAAUCUUUUGCAAUUAAUGCGGAAACAGGCUGGAUUACAACUCUAAAGGAACUUGACCACGAAGAACGAGACAAUUACCAGAUUAAAGUGGUUGCAUCAGAUCAUGGCGAAAAGGUUCAGCUCUCUUCCACAGCUGUGGUGGAUGUCACUGUCACUGAUGUUAAUGAUAGCCCACCACGGUUCACAGCCGAGAUCUAUAAAGGGACGGUGAGUGAGGAUGAUCCACCAGGUGGUGUCAUUGCCAUCUUGAGUACCACCGAUGCUGAUUCCGAAGAGAUCAACAGACAAGUUACAUAUUUCAUAACAGGAGGUGAUGCUUUGGGACAGUUUGCUGUUGAAAAUAUACAGAAUGAAUGGAAAGUCUAUGUGAAGAAACCUCUAGACAGAGAAAAGAAGGACAGUUACCUUCUGACUAUCACAGCAACUGAUGGGACCUUUUCAUCAAAAGCUAUAGUUGAAGUGAAAGUCCUCGAUGCAAAUGACAACAGUCCAGUUUGUGAAAAGACUCUGUAUUCGGAUACCAUCCCUGAAGAUGCCCUUCCUGGUAAACUGAUUAUGCAGGUCUCUGCCACAGAUGCAGACAUCCGUUCCAAUGCUGAAAUCACCUAUACAUUAUUGGGUUCAGGUGCAGAGAAAUUCAGACUAAAUCCAGACACAGGUGAACUGAAAACAUUAGCGCCCCUCGAUCGCGAGGAGCAAGCGGUUUAUAACCUUCUGGUCAAGGCCACAGAUGGAGGAGGCAGAUUCUGUCAAGCCAGUAUUGUGCUCACGUUAGAAGAUGUGAACGAUAAUGCCCCCGAGUUCACUGCUGACCCCUACACCAUCACUGUGUUUGAGAACACAGAGCCUGGGACGCUACUGACCCGAGUGCAGGCCACGGAUGCUGACACAGGAUUGAAUCGAAAAAUUUCCUACUCACUGAUUGACUCUGCUAACGGGCAGUUCUCCAUUAAUGACAUAUCUGGAAUUAUUCAGUUAGAAAAGCCUUUGGAUAGAGAACAACAGGCAGUGUAUACCCUUACUUUGAAAGCUGUAGACCAAGGUUUGCCAAGGAGGUUGUCAGCCACUGGCACUGUCAUAGUGUCAGUUUUGGAUAUAAAUGACAACCCCCCUGUGUUUGAAUACCGGGAAUAUGGGGCCACAGUGUCUGAGGACGUCCUCAUUGGAACUGAAGUUCUUCAGCUUUACGCGGCAAGCCGGGAUAUCGAAGCAAAUGCUGAAAUCACCUACUCAAUAAUAAGUGGAAAUGAACACGGGAAAUUCAGCAUAGAUGCUAAAACAGGGGCCAUUUUUAUCAUUGAGAAUCUGGAUUAUGAGAGUGCCCAUGAAUAUUAUCUGACUGUAGAAGCCACGGAUGGAGGCACACCUUCCUUAAGUGACGUGGUGACUGUGAACAUUAAUGUAACAGAUAUCAAUGACAACACCCCAGCCUUCAGCCAAGACACCUACACAGCAGUGAUCAGUGAAGAUGCUGUUCUCGAGCAGUCUGUCAUAACAGUUAUGGCUGAUGAUGCCGAUGGGCCUUUGUAUAGCCUCAUCCACUACUCAAUUAUAGAAGGCAAUCAAGGAGGUCCAUUUACAAUCGAUCCUGUCAAGGGAGAAGUGAAAGUGACUAAGCUUCUGGACCGGGAAACAAUUUCAGGUUACACGCUCACAAUUCAAGCUUCUGACAAUGGCAGUCCACCCAGAGUGAACACCACAACUGUGAACAUUGAUGUGUCUGAUGUCAAUGACAAUGCCCCGCUCUUCUCCAAGGGUAAUUACAGCGUCAUCAUCCAGGAAAACAAACCAGUGGGUUUCAGUGUCCUGCAGCUUGUCGUGACAGACAAGGACUCUUCUCACAACGGCCCACCGUUCUUCUUUUCUAUCGUGAGUGGAAAUGAUGACAGAGUGUUUGAGGUGAACCAGCAGGGCGUCCUCCUGACCUCCGCUGCCAUACAGAGGAAAGUGAAGGACCACUACUUGCUGCACGUGAAGGUGGCAGAUAAUGGAAAACCACAGUUGUCAUCGUUGACACACAUUGACAUCAGGGUGAUCGAGGAAAGCAUCCAUCCUCCUGCAAUUUUGCCACUGGAGAUUUUCAUUACUGCUUUUGGAGAGGAAUAUUCCGGUGGUGUCAUUGGGAAGAUUCAUGCAACAGACCAAGAUGUGUAUGACACUUUAACUUACAGUCUCGAUCCCCAAAUGGACAACCUGUUCUCUGUUUCCAGCACAGGGGGUAAACUGAUUGCACACAAAAGGCUAGAUAUCGGGCAGUACCUUCUGAAUGUCAGCGUAACAGAUGGAAAAUUUACAACAGUGGCUGACAUCACAGUGCAUAUCAGACAGAUAACACAAGAGAUGCUCAACCACACCAUUGCCAUUCGCUUUGCCAACCUCACUCCAGAAGAAUUUGUUGGUGACUACUGGCGCAACUUCCAGCGGGCUUUACGGAACAUCCUGGGUGUGCGCAGGAAUGACAUACAGAUCGUUAGUUUGCAGCCCUCUGAGCCUCACCCACAUCUGGAUGUCUUACUUUUUGUGGAGAAAUCAAGUAGUACUCAGGUUUCAACAAAACAACUUCUACACAAAAUUAACUCUUCCGUGACUGAUAUUGAGGACAUCAUUGGUGUGAGGAUAUUGGAUGUGUUUCAGAAACGCUGUGCAGGCCUGGAUUGCCCUUGGAAGUUCUGUGAUGAAAAGGUAUCUGUGGAUGAAAAUUCUAUGUCAACGCACAGCACAGCUAGACUGAGUUUUGUGACUCCCCGCCACUAUCGAGCAGCCGUGUGUCUCUGCAAAGAGGGGAAAUGCCCACCUGUCCACCAUGGGUGCGAAGACAGUCCAUGCCCUGAAGGAACAGAGUGUGUCCCUGACCCCAGGGAGGAGAAGUACACCUGUGUCUGUCCAGGGGGCAGGUUCGGUCAGUGCCCAGGAAGUUCAUCUUUAACAUUUACUGGAAAUAGCUUUGUGAAAUACCGCCUAAUGGAAAAUGAAAACAAAUUAGAGAUGAAAUUGACAAUGAGGCUCAGAACCUAUUCUACUCAUGCAAUUGUAAUGUAUGCUAGAGGAACUGAUUACAGUAUCUUGGAGAUUCAUAAUGGAAGACUGCAAUACAAAUUUGACUGUGGGAGUGGCCCUGGCAUUGUCUCUGUUCAAAGCAUUCAAGUCAAUGAUGGGCAAUGGCACGCCGUGUCUCUUGAAGUGAAUGGAAACUACGCUAGACUGGUUCUGGACCAAGUCCACACUGCCUCAGGCACAGCGCCAGGGACUCUGAAAACCCUAAACCUGGAUAACUAUGUGUUUUUUGGUGGCCACAUUCGCCAGCAAGGAGCAAGGCAUGGAAGAAGCCCCCAAGUUGGUAACGGUUUUAGGGGUUGCAUGGACUCCAUUUAUUUGAAUGGGCAGGAGCUGCCUUUGAAUAGCAAACCAAGAAGCUAUGCACACAUUGAAGACUCAGUGGAUGUAUCUCCUGGGUGCUUAUUAACAGCCACAGAAGACUGUUCAAGUAACCCUUGUCAGAAUGGAGGCAUCUGUCACCCAUCACCUACAGGAGGUUAUUACUGCAAGUGCAGUGCCUUAUACAUUGGGACCUACUGCGAGGUGAGCGUCAACCCCUGCUCCUCCAACCCCUGCCUGUAUGGUGGUACCUGUGUUGUAGACAAUGGAGACUUCGUUUGCCAGUGCAGAGGAUUAUACACUGGUCAAAGAUGCCAGCUUAGCCCAUACUGCAAAGAUGAACCCUGUAAAAAUGGUGGAACAUGUUUUGACAGUUUGGAUGGUGCUGUCUGUCAGUGUGAUUCAGGUUUUAGGGGAGAAAGGUGUCAGAGUGACAUUGAUGAGUGUGCUGGAAACCCCUGCCGUAACGGGGCCCUCUGUGAGAACACGCAUGGCUCCUACCACUGUAACUGCAGCCACGAGUACAGAGGGAAGCACUGUGAGGAGGCCACUCCCAAUCUCUAUGUGUCGACUCCGUGGAAUAUCGGAUUAGCUGAAGGAAUAGGAAUUAUUGUUUUUAUAGCAGGGAUAUUUUUGCUGGUGGUGGUGUUUGUCCUCUGCCGCAAAAUGAUUAGCCGGAAGAAGAAACACCAGGCUGAACCUGAAGACAAACAUUUGGGACCAACCACAGCUUUCUUGCAAAGACCAUAUUUUGAUUCAAAGCUAAAUAAGAACAUUUACUCAGACAUCCCACCCCAGGUGCCUGUCCGUCCUAUUUCCUACACUCCAAGCAUUCCUAGUGACUCUAGAAACAAUCUUGACCGAAAUUCCUUUGAAGGAUCUGCUAUACCAGAGCAUCCUGAAUUCAGCACUUUUAACCCUGAGUCCAUGCAUGGGCACCGAAAAGCAGUGGCCGUCUGCAGCGUUGCCCCAAACUUGCCUCCCCCACCUCCUUCGAACUCUCCUUCUGACAGUGACUCCAUCCAGAAGCCUAGCUGGGACUUCGACUAUGACGCUAAAGUGGUGGAUCUCGAUCCCUGUCUUUCCAAGAAACCUCUGGAGGAAAAGCCUUCUCAGCCAUACAGUGCCCGGGAGAGCCUGUCUGAAGUGCAGUCUCUUAGCUCCUUCCAGUCUGAGUCGUGUGACGACAAUGCUUCCAUAGUGACUGUAAUACACCUUGUCAACAGUGUAGUUGACAUGGUGAACAAAGAAGAAUCUUUGGCUGCUCCUGACCUCAGCAAAUCAAGAGGAUACCACUGGGAUACAUCAGAUUGGAUGCCGAGCGUCCCUCUGCCAGACAUACAGGAAUUCCCCAAUUAUGAGGUGAUUGACGAGCACACUCCCCUGUACUCAGCAGAUCCAAAUGCCAUCGAUACUGACUACUACCCUGGAGGUUAUGACAUUGAAAGUGAUUUUCCACCACCACCAGAAGACUUCCCUGCGACUGAUGAGCUACCACCUCUGCCUCCGGAAUUCAGUGAUCAGUUUGAGUCUAUACACCCGCCUAGAGACAUGCCUGCUGCAGGUAGCUUGGGGUCUUCACCCAGAAAUCGGCAGAGGUUCAACUUGAAUCAGUAUCUGCCCAAUUUCUAUCCAGUGGAUAUGUCUGAACCUCAAAAAAAAGGCACUGGUGAGAAUAGUACUUGCAGAGAACCUUAUGCCCCCUACCCUCCAGGAUAUCAAAGAAACUUUGACGCUCCCACUGUAGAAAACAUGCCCAUGUCUGUGUAUGCUUCCACAGCCUCUUGCUCAGAUGUGUCAGCGUGCUGUGAAGUGGAGUCUGAGGUCAUGAUGAGUGACUAUGAGAGUGGGGAUGACGCCCACUUUGAAGAAGUGACAAUUCCUCCACUAGAUUCCCAACAACAUACGGAAGUCUGACGCUCACACUCCCCCCCAAGUGCCUGGACUUUAACAAACCUAGAGAUUGUAUAUCAAUAAUCUGCAUUGUUCUUUGCAGCAGUGCUUAAGCGCUUCUUUUCGGUGAGCUAAAAAGGGCAUGGCUGCACUGAAUCACGCACCUCUUGAUAUGUUAGCCAUUUCCAGUGUCCUAACCUACUGUAAUUGGGUGAGAUUUCAUUGGCUGUGCCAUUUCUGAGCAUCUUUUUGUAUUUGCAUUUGUCUGUGUUAAAGUAAUGAAACGAAAAUCAGUUCUACCAUCUUGUUAGCAUGACUCAUGUAUUUAUAUAGAUUUGAUUAUUGUAAUUUCUUCUUGUCUUUUUUUGUAAAUUUUAUGUACAGAUUUGAUUUUUUCAUAGUUUUAACUAGAUUUUCAAGAUAUUUUGCGCAUUUGUUUUCAGUUGGAUUUGGGGGGUGGUAGCACCCUGAUUUUAAUAUAACCAGGGAUUCACUGUAUGUUCUUUUUCACUGAAGUAUGACACUUCAUUAACACAUUUCAGUAUAAUCGUUUAUUUCUAGCUGUACAUAGAAGAAGAGGAAAGAUAUACAUGGACAUACCUUAAAUGGGUUGCUGUAUUUUAGAAUUACAAACAUUUUUCAUUAUUGGAAAGUGUAAUGGGGACCUUCUGCAUACCUGUUUAGAACCAAAACCACCAUGACACAGUUUUUAUAGUGUCUGUAUAUUUGUGAUGCAAUGGUCUUGUAAAGGUUUUUACUGAAAACUACCAUUAGCCAGUCUUUCUUACUGACAAUAAAUUAUUAAUAAAACA